AUGGCGGAUGCCAUCCUUUGCUGCCUUGCAGCUUAUCUGGAAGAGCUGGAGUCUGUGGAGCUGUCCAAGUUCAAGAUGUACCUGGGCCUGGAGGCUGAGAGGGAGAGGGAAGGGAGAGUGCCCCAGGGGCGAAUGGAGAAGGCAGGACCACUGGAUAUGGCAAAGAUCUUGGUGGCCCACUGGGGCCCAGCUGAGGCCUGGGAGCUGGCCCUGCGGGUCUUCAACCGGAUCAACAGGAAGGACCUGUGGGAGCGAGGGUGCCAAGAGGCUCUGGUGAGGGAUGUCCCACGCUCCUUGGAGGUCACUGCACUGGACUCCAGCAGAGAGUCCAGAUGCUUGGCUGAAGCUUUUCCAGGAGUUACAAAGAAAGAUCCCCAGGAAACUUACCGGGAACACGUCAGGCGCAAAUACCGGUUUAUUGAGGACAGGAACGCCCGGCUGGGAGAGCUUGUGAACCUCAGCCAGAGAUACACACGCCUGCUCCUGGUGAAGGAACACGCCACCCUGAGCAGAGCCCAGCACGAGCUCUUGGCCAUGGGGCGGCAGCACGCCCUGUGCCUGGACCAGCGCGCCAGCCCCAUCCAGAUCGAGACCUUGUUUGAGCCGGACGAGGAGCGCCCGGAUGCUCCGCACACAGUCGUGCUGCAGGGGGCCGCCGGCAUUGGGAAGUCCAUCCUAGCCCAGAAAGUCAUGCUGGACUGGGCUGACGGGCUCCUCUACUCCAGCCGCUUCGACUACCUCUUCUACGUAAACUGCCGGGAGAUGAACCAGGUCCGCGAGAGGAGCAUGGAAGAUCUGAUUUCAGUCUGCUGGCCCGAGAAGAACGUGCCCAUUUCCGAGAUUGUUCGGGUGCCCGAAAGACUCCUAUUCAUCAUCGACGGCUUCGAUGAGCUCCGCGCUUCCUUUCACGAGUGCAGGGACUGCGGCUGCAUCCAGUGGGCCGAGAGGAAGCCCGUGGAAGAGCUUCUGAGCUGUCUGCUCAGGAGGCAGCUGCUCCCGGAGACGUCCCUGCUGAUCACCACCAGGCCCACCACCCUGGAGACCCUCCACCACCUGCUGGAGCACCCCCGGCAUGUGGAGAUCCUGGGCUUCUCGGAGGCGCAGCGCCAGGAGUAUUUCUACAAGUUUUUCCGCCAGGAGGAGCAGGCGGUGCAGGGCUUCAGCUUGGUGCGCGACAACGAGCCGCUCUUCACCAUGUGCUUUGUGCCCAUGAUGUGCUGGAUCGUCUGCACCUGCCUCAAACAGCAGUUGGAGGCGGGCUGGCCCUUCCCGCAGACCUCGAAGACUACCACGGCCGUCUACAUGUUCUAUCUGCUGAGCCUGCUGCAGCCCAAGGCCGGGCGAACCGGGGCCCAGCCGCCGCCCAACCUCAGGGGCCUCUGCUCCCUGGCUGCCGCGGGCCUCUGGAGCCAGCGGAUCCUCUUCGAGGAGGACGACCUGCGCAGGCACGGUUUGGAGGGGGACGACGUGUCGGCCUUCCUCAACAUGAACGUCUUCCAUAAAGACAUCCAGUGCGAGAAAUACUAUAGCUUUAUCCACCUGAGUUUCCAGGAGUUCUUUGCCGCGAUGUUCUACGUGCUGGAAGGCGAGCGUGGGGAGGCCCCCGCCAACGUGACUUGGCUCCUGGACCACUCCGCGAAGUCUGAGAGAAGCUACCUGGCCCUCACCGUGCGCUUCCUCUUCGGGCUCCUCAGCGAAGAGAGGCGGAGCUUCCUGGAGAAGCAGCUGGGGUGGAAGACCUCUCCAAGGACCAAGCGAGAUCUGCUCCGCUGGAUCCAGGCCAAGGCGCAGAGCGAAGGCUCCACUCUGCAGCGGGGCGCCCUGGAGAUCUUCGAGUGCCUCUAUGAGAUCCAGGAGGAAGACUUCAUCCAGAGAGCGCUGGACCACUUCCAGGUGGUCGUGGUCAGUGACGUGGCCACCAAGAUGGAGCACGUGGUCUCCUCCUUCUGCGUGAGGAACUGUCGGAGCGCACUCGUGGUCCACCUGUGCAGCGCAAUGUUCAGUGCGGAAGGCGAAGAAGACGCAGAGAGCGAAGAAGACGCAGAGAGCGAAGAGAGCCACGCGUUGGUAUUCGAACUCAGGUCAGAGAGGAAUGUCCUGCCAGAGGCCUACUGUGAACAUCUGGCCACGGCCCUCAGCACCAACCGGAAUCUCAUAGAGCUGGUUCUGUACCAGAACACCCUGGGGAACCGAGGAGUGAAGUUGCUGUGCCAGGGGCUCAGACAUCCCAACUGUCAGCUCCAGAACCUGCGACUGAAGCGAUGUCGAAUCUCUAGCGCUGCCUGCCAAGAUAUCUCAUCUGCUCUCAUGAUCAAUCAGAAUUUAACCCGUCUGGACCUGAGCAGGAACGUGCUGGGUGCCACAGGGGUGAAGCUGCUGUGUGAGGGCCUCCAGCACCCCAAGUGUCACCUCCAGAUGCUGCAGCUGAGGCGCUGUCACUUGGAUGGGGCAGCAUGUCAGGAGCUCUCCAAGGUUCUGAGCACCAGCCAACACUUGACCGAGCUGGAUCUGACAGGCAACGCCCUGGGGGACUUGGGGCUGCAACUCCUGUGUCCUGGGCUGAGCCAUCCUGCCUGUAAGCUGCAGACACUGUGGUUGAAGAUCUGCCACCUGACACCCGCUGCCUGUCAGAAUCUGUCCUCCAUCCUCAGCACCAACCAGAGCCUGACUGAACUGGACCUCAGCUUAAAUGACCUGGGGGACCUGGGGGUGAAGUCCCUCUGUGAGGGCCUCUGCCAUUCCAAGAGCCAGCUGCAGACACUUCGGUUGGGCAUCUGCCGACUCACCUUUGCCUCCUGUGAGGCUUUGUCCACCACCCUCGGGUCCAACCCUCACCUCAAGGCGCUGGAUGUGAGUUUCAAUGACUUGGAAGACACGGGAGCGCGCCUGCUCUGUGAGGGACUGCAGCGCCCCAGCUGUAAGCUGCACAGACUGUGGCUGGACAGCUGCUGCCUCUCCGGGGCUGCCUGCAGGGACCUCGCCUUGGUUCUGGGGGCCAACCAGACCUUGAGGGAGCUCUACCUCACCAACAAUGCUCUGGGGGACGUGGGCGUGCAACUGCUGUGUGAGAAGCUGAGCCAGCCCAACUGCAGGCUCCGAACGCUGUGGUUGUUUGGCAUGGAGCUGACUGAGGAGACCCAGCGGGUCCUGGCUGCCCUUCGAGCAUCCAAGCCGCACCUGGACAUUGGCUCCUGAGGAGCUCCAGUCAGGGACAUCAUCGGCCUGCACAGGGAGCCACAGCUCACCUUCUGACACCAUGGGACCCCGUGGGACACUCACUUUCUCCAAGCUUCUCUUGUGAUCAGGAAGUGUUGGAUGAGACAACUCCUGAAGGCACUUCCACAUCUGAGUGUCCAUGAGUAAUGGGAACCUCCCUGUGCGGGUCUAAUGUUGGAUGAGGUGGGCUUUGAGAUCACCGCCAAUGCCAGGUGUUUCGGGUCCUAUUCAGGGGACUCCUGACUGGGUAAAAGGUUGGAGGAGAUACCCGCUGAGGUCUCUUCGGGCUCAGUUUUCUCAUCUGGGGGGUUCUUGCGUUGGCAGAAGACUGCAUGAGAUGACCUCUGACCUUCCAGCUCUGGAAUCUCCUACAUGGGUGCUGAGGGAAUGAGGUGCCUGUCCUCAGAGGAUUCUUCUAUCUCUGUUAUAGAGAGGACUCCAGCCAAGGCACAGGAAGCUGGACUCUCUGAGAGCUCCCAGUGGUGUCCAAUGGAAAGUCAAGCAUCCCUGAGAAAAGCAGGCUGGCCCGGGACCACCUGCCAUUGGCUGAAGACCUCAGGGAUCCCGCCAUCUUUGCAAUGGGCUGGAGGGGACUCCAGAUCCCUGUAAGAGCUGCUGGGGUGACUUUAGCCACCAAUGCAAGCUGGGCAGAGGUCACAGGGCCAAAGAUUUCAAGUUGGAGAGGACCCUUGGGAGCAUCCAGCCAAGUGCUCUCAUCUUGAGGAGGGAAAAGAAGAAGCCGAGCAGGGAUGGCUCCGUAGGCAGUGACAUGUGGGGGUGGAACUGGGAGCCAGGCCCCAGACAAGCCCCCUCAUGGCCCCUGCUUUCCCACUGGGCUUCUCGGGUCCAUGCACACCCAGCUUCCGGGGUGGGGGUCACAACUGCCACUGAGAUUGUCAAAGAGCUCUACACACAUUAUCUCAUCUCGGCCUCCCCCGAAAGAGGCUGAGGGACCUGCCUCUGUUCACACAGGGAGGCCAUGGUGCCAGAGGCAGGAUCUGGAUCCUGGGCUUCUGGUCCAGGACUCCAUGGAGUUGAGAGCUGGGAACGUGCUCUAUAAUCCAGCCAUGGACUCCAGGGGGCCACCA